CGUGGCCGCGGCCAGCGGAUCGGGCGCCUCGGGCACCGACCGCUACUGCAUGGAGCUGCUGCGGAAACGAGAUUAUGAAGGCUAUUUAUGUUCUCUGCUGCUCCCUGCAGAAUCCAGAAGCUCUGCUUUUGCACUGAGGGCCUUCAAUGUGGAACUGGCUCAGGCUGGUUAAGGACUCCGUCUCUGAGAAAACAAUUGGACUGAUGAGAAUGGAGUUUUGGAAAAAAACAGUGGACGACAUAUACUGUGACAACCCACCCCAGCAGCCUGUGGCCCUCGAGCUAUGGAAGGCUGUCAAAAGACAUAAUCUGACCAAAAGAUGGCUUAUGAAAAUCAUUGAUGAAAGAGAAAAAAAUUUGGAUGACAGAGCAUAUCGUAAUAUCCAGGAACUGGAAAAUUACGCUGAAAACACACAGAGCUCUCUUCUUUACUUAACACUAGAAAUACUGGGUGUAAAGGAUCUUCAUGCAGAUCAUGCCGCAAGUCAUAUUGGAAAAGCCCAGGGCAUUGUGACUUGCUUGAGAGCAACGCCCUAUCAUGGAAGCAGAAGAAGGGUGUUCCUUCCCAUGGAUAUUUGUAUGCUGCAUGGGGUUUCACAAGAGGAUUUUGUACGGAAGAGCCAGGAUAAAAACGUGAGAGAUGUGAUAUAUGACGUUGCUGGCCAGGCACACUUGCACCUGAAGCACGCUAGGUCCUUCCAGAAAAGUGUUCCUGUGAGAGCAUUUCCUGCUUUUCUUCAGACGGUUGCUCUGGAGGACUACUUAAAGAAAAUUCAACAGGUGGAUUUUGACAUAUUCCACCCAUCUUUACAGCGGAAGAAUACGUUACUUCCAUUAUCAUUGUAUAUUCAGUCAUGGAGAAAAGGUUAUUAAAAUAAUCUUAUGGCA